AUGGCUUUAGCAGUCGUCGAAGCAGCGAGAAAGCUUCGACCAUAUUUCCAGUCACAUUCAGUGGAGGUACUGACUGAUCAGCCUCUCCGAACCAUACUCCAAAACACCAACAGAUCUGGCAGACUCACAAAGUGGGCCAUCGAACUCGGCGAGCUCGAUAUUACCUACAAGAACCGCACAGCUGCGAAAUCCCAGGUUCUUGCGGACUUCUUGGUCGAACUGGCCCCAGAAUUGGAGCAAGAUCUCACACUCCCAAGCUCAAACUGGACGCUUCACGUCGAUGGAUCGUCGACCAACAAGGGAGCAGGUGCUGGAGUCCAAUUACAGUCCCCAACCGGAGAACUAAUCAGGCAGUCUUUCAGCUUUGGCUUUCCCGCAUCAAACAACGAAGCAGAGUAUGAAUCUCUGAUCGCUGGACUCCGCUUAGCAAAAGCCGUAAAAGCUAAACGACUAAGCGCCUAUUGCGACUCUCAGCUAGUCGCCAGUCAGUUCAGCGGCGACUACGAUGUCCGCAACGACCGAAUGGACGCCUACCUCAAACUAGUGCAAAGCCUGGCAGCAGAGUUCAAGUUCUUCGAACUCAUCAAAGUUCCCAGAGGCGAAAACGUCUGCGCCAACGCCCUCGCGGCCCUUGGCAGCAAGCUUCGUGAUCAAGUUAAACGGACCAUCCUGAUACACCGUAUCGAGAAGCCAAGCAUUGAUAUACUAACCGACCAAACCCUCGUCGUUUCCCCAAUCAACGGACCCGCUACUCCAGGCGACGACGGAUUUGGUCCUGAUUGGAGAACUGAGUUCAUCGACUACUUCUCGAGGGGAGACCUCCCAACAGAUAAAUGGGCAGCUCGCCGACUAAAAACACGCAGCGCCCAUUACGUCGUUCUUGACGAUGAACUACACCGAUGGACCGCAAGUAAAGUGCUCCUAAAAUGCAUCCAUGGCGACGAGACAGCAAGGGUUAUGGCAGAGACGCACGAAGGCGCUGGCGGAAAUCAUUCGGGCGGACGUGCAUUAGCGAUCAAAGUAAGGAGUUUAGGAUUCUUCUGGCCGACAAUGAACGCAGAUUGCGAGUCUUACGCGAGAAGCUGCGACAAGUGCCAACGGCACGCACCUAGCAUCCAUUGUCCAACCAAAAUGUUGCGAACAACCACCGCUCCAUACCCGUUCAUGCGAUGGGCAAUGGACAUCAUAGGGCCACUUCCCUGUUCCCGCCAAAGACGCUUCAUCCUCGUCCUCACCAACUACUUCACCAAAUGGAUCGAAGCUGACGCAUACGCUCAAGUUACAGACAAAGAAGUUCGCGGUUUUGUCUAG